AUGAAUGUGUCUGUACAGCUCUGUUUGCUGGCAUAUUUAAACCUGACUGUAGGCCUGACUUUGGCUUUAAGACCAAAUCAAGGAACGGCAUUUACAUUUCUAUUACCUGCUGGUAGCACAGAGUGUUUUUACCAAACUACCGUGAAGGAUGACAGCAUAGAAGUGGAUUACCAGGUGAUAGCUGGGUCAGGUCUGGAUGUUGGCUUUGCCCUCAUCUCGCCCAGCGGAUACCGGCUGGUGUCUGACUUUAGAAAAUCUGACGGCCUUCACAUGGUGGAUCCCACGGAGGAUGGAGAUUACCGACUGUGUUUUGACAACAGCUUCAGUAAACUGUCAGAGAAGAUGGUGUUCUUUGAGGUUAUCAUUAAUAGUCAGAGCAGCACAGGCAGAGGCCGAGAUGAGUGGGGAGACGUGGCCACAGCAGAGAGCGUGGUGGAGUACAAAGUGGAGGACAUCAGGGCAAGGUUGGAUUCUGUGUACCAUCACCUGGAGAGGAGUCGUCAGGCUCAGACUGUGCUGCGGGCCUUCGAGGCGAGAGACCGCUACCUCCUGGAGGACAACCUGUGGCGAGUGUCCUUCUGGUCCUGCCUCAACCUGCUUGUCAUGGUCACCGUCGCUGUCACACAGAUUUACAUCCUGCAGAGCUUCUUUGAUGGCACCAAGCGGGUCUGCACAUAG